CGAAAACUAAAAUCCACCACUCGCCCCUCUCCCUCCUCUGCUCUUCCCCUUCCUUUGGUUGCUGAUUGGUAAUGGCUUCAACAAUUCUACCUGGAUUCAAGUUCAAGUACCCAAGUCUGCAACAACACCAACUUCAACUCUCAAUCCGAACAAGAGGACGAAGAAAGCACCCAACGCUUUCCAUCCUCACCUUCUCUCAUUAUCCUCAGCUUCGUCUCCUCCUUAAUCCCAAGCUCCGCUCUUCGCAUCUCCUACUCACCCGUGCCAGUAGCGAAGGAUUUGGGUCCGUUGACGCCUCCCCACAAGUGUCUCCAUCUUCUGAAACUGAGGCAGUUAAAACAAGUUCUCCUAGUUCUGGAGAUGGGUAUCUGUCUUUGUUUGUUCGGAUGCUUGGGCUAGACAAUGAUCCUCUUGACAGAGAGCAGGCAAUAAUUGCUCUAUGGAAAUAUGCUCAAGGGGGAAAAGAUUGUAUUGAUAAAAUCAUGCAAUUCCGUGGUUGCAUCAAUCUUACAAUUAACCUUCUCAAAUCAGAUUCCAGUUCUGCAUGUGAAGCAGCUGCAGGCCUUUUACGGAUUGUUUCUUCAGUUAAUACAUACAGAGACUCAGUAGCUGAAAGCGGAGCAAUUGAAGAAAUAACUGGUCUUCUGAGUCGAUCUUCUCUGACAGCAGAGGUGAAGGAACAAAGUAUAUGCACUUUGUGGAAUUUAUCUGUUGAUGAGCAGCUUAGAGUGAAAAUUGCAAACAGUGAUCUUUUGCCAACUGUCAUUAAGUUCCUGGAUGAUGAAGAAAUGAAAGUGAAGGAGGCAGCAGGAGGGGUAUUGGCAAAUUUGUCUUUGACAUGCUCUACUCACAGCAUCAUGGUUGAAGCAGGAGUUAUUCCAAAGCUGGCAAAUCUCUUAAGAACUGAUAUGGAAGGUUCCAAAGUCAUUAAAAAAGAAGCAAAGAAUGUAUUAUUGGAAUUUGCAAAGGAUGAAUACUACAGAAUUCUUAUCGUGGAGGAAGGUCUGGUUCUAGUACCCAUGAUUGGUGCAGCUGCCUAUAAGUCCUUUAGGCCAGUUUCACAUUCAUGGCCUUCUUUACCUGAUGGCACAGAGAUUGAAUAUAGUCCUUCAGGUCCUUCUAGAUAUGGUGCCUCUGAGCUUCUCCUAGGAUUAAAUAUCCAUGACAAAAACAUUGACUUAGAGGAAGCAAAGAUGAAUGCAAUAGUUGGAAGAACACAGCAGCAAUUUCUUGCACGUAUCGGGGCCAUAGAGCUGGAGGACGGUAGGAAACCUCAGCCAGAGUCUUUGAUGAAUCAGAGAUAUACACUUUUGCCAUGGAUGGAUGGUGUUGCUCGCUUAGUUUUGAUUCUUGAACUUGAAGAUGUGUCUGCCAUUUCAAGAGCAGCACAGUCAAUUGCUGAUGCAUCUAUCGAUGAGCUCAUGCGUAUCUCAUUCAAGGAAGCUGGAGCUAUUAAGCAUCUUGUUCGGCUAAUUGAUCAUAACAGUGAGUCUGUUAGAUUGGCUGCAACUCAUGCCUUGGAGCGGCUUUCUAUCAGCAAUGAUCUUUGCCGUGUUAUUGAAGCAGAAGGUGUUGUACAUCCUUUGGUGAAUAAUCUGAAAUGCACAGAUACAUCAGAAAGCCUGAUGGAAAAGACUCUGAAUAUUCUUUCUCGGAUUUUAGACCCCGGUAAAGAAAUGAAAUCGAAGUUCUUCAAUGGACCAGUGAAUGGGUUUGAUAAGUCAUCAAAUACAUCAAGUAUCAAUUCUACUGCAGGAUUAGUUGGAAAGCAAGAUGACACGCCUUUAACUGCUAGGGGAAACAUAUUGGACUCUAGCAUCAUUAUUCGCCUCACUCAGAUUCUGAAGACUUCGUCACCAAAUUUACAAAGAAAAGCUGCUUCCAUCCUUGAGUAUGUAGCAAUUACUGAACCGUGCGUGGAUCCCAUGAUUGCAGCAGACAUUGUAUCUGGGUUAAAUGCUGUUUUUCAACAUGCACUUUUGGAUGGCAUGGAAGAUGAUAUAGACAGUCAGUCGCCAGAGCUAGGUGCCGUAGAAGCUGAAGAAGCUGGUCUUGCAAUAUCUGCAGCAUCCAGGUUGCUAACUAAGCUGCUGGAUCUUGAACCGUUUCUUCCUGCCAUCAAUUCAAUGCAUAUCACAAGAUUGUUGCGCAAAGUACUGAAGUCAAAUAUCCCUCUUCACAAUAAAGACUGGGUUGCUGCGUGCCUUGUUAAACUCGAGUCUUUAUCUGGUACCCAUGUAGAUCCUGAGAACCCAAUCAACAUGGAUGUAACUCUUUAUCAGACAAUUCCAAGACUAAUUGAACAGAUGGGGACCUCAUUCUCUCCAGAAGCACAAGAAGCUGCUGUUGUUGAACUUAAUGGAAUAAUAUCUGAAGGAGUGGUAGAUUGCACUAGGAUGGUUGCUGCCAAGGGAGGGAUUUUCCCUCUAGUGAAGGUCAUUGAACAAGGAAGUGGGAGGGCUGUUGAAGCCAGCUUAGCAAUACUGUACAACCUCAGCAUGGACAGUGAGAAUCAUUCGGCCAUCAUAGCUGCCGGAGCUGUUCCAGCCUUGAGACGGAUUGUGCUCUCACAAGGGCCACAGUGGAUGCAAGCCCUUCAUUUGCUGAGAACUUUGCCGACAUGAAGAGAUGCGUAUUGAAUACAGAGACAACGGUUUUGGCUGUUGGCAAGUACCAUAGCUUGGAGAAGUACCACCACAUUGGUUUUGGUUCCAUUAUGGAUUUGAA